AUGUGCUUUGGCACUGCGGUGGGACGAAAUCGUGACGGAACACAAGGACUCAGGACGCAGAUUGGCUCCAGGACCUGCCAUCCAGCGUGCCUUCACUUCGCGCUAUCAAGGACCUUUGUAUCGAAGCUCGCAAGAAGAAGGACUGGCAUGAGUUCAUGCUCGGCGGACGAUAUGACAAGAUCUUAUGAUCUCGGCUUGAUCGUUAUCGGCAUCGGUAUCGAUCGGCAUCCUUCCCUGCGCUUCUUACAUGGGCAUCCUCGGUAUCUUGAUGUUUCAUCGAUCUUCAAUCUACGACUUACUCCACCAUUCAGGAUGUGCUCUGACGGAUACGAGCGCAACAAAACGGUCCUCAAGAAGGGUAACUCGAGACUCGUGCAAGUUGGGGCCUCGAACCCGCGAUCUCAAUUGACCGGUGCCUUAGGGUGCCUUACUCUAGCCAGUGGAACUCCAAACACGGUGAGAUGUUCGCACAGUUUCUGUGGAAGGGGUUUCUGA